GAGGAGGAGGAGGAGGGUGAAGUUAAGAUGGCAGCGCUGCUAGGGCUGUUACUUGGCCGACCUCGAGAAAAAUACAAGGAAUAAACAAAAACAAAUAAAAAAACGAGGACGUCAGCUCGCGUGUUUGAGAGAAUUCGAUGUAAGAAAAUGUAUACUCGGUUUGACCUCAAGCGCUGUUUUGCACAAGACAGGCUUUAAUAUUCUGUUCCGAGAGAAAGAGCGGCUUAUUUCGCAGUUGCACCAGCGGCGUUACGCCGACAUUAUUACCGGAUUGGAGAUACCGGAGCUACCAAACUGCUCUUGUGCUCGUUUGCAUUUUCGUGGCGGAUACAUGGGGGGAAAACCUACUGUACGCUUUACGACGGGUUAAAGUACCUAUUGAUCGCCAGCUAGUGACAUAUUGAUGUAAUAUAUGCAUUGUUCCCCAAAACGAUGAUGUGCGCUGCUGCUGCGGCAGCUGGAGCCGGCGGCGGGAUUCUGUCUUUAUCCCCGUCCAUGGGGCUGGGUGUGAGAGUCUUACCCGGAGCUUUACCUGGAGCUGGGGCCGAGUUUAAUUCUGCCGGUCCCGGGAUGAGCUCCUGUUCCACCUCAGGGUCCCAACCGGACUGUCGGAGCCGAUACCAACUGCUCCUUUCGGGGCGAGCUUUGGCGGAUAAGUACAGGAGGAUAUACACAAGCACUGUCAGCGAUAAAGAACAAGGCAUAACCCUCGGCAGGGGAAAGAAGGCUUUGACUAAGAAGAAACUGAAGAGGCGGCAAAAAAUCAGAUCAAAAGUCAGAACAAGAACAAAGACAGAGAAUCUUGAUGGGGCCUUCCCAGUCCCAGACAUCAAGCUCCACAGUAAUCCAUCUGCGUUUAAUGUGUACUGUAAUGUUCGGCGCUGUGUACUGGACUGGCAGCAAAAGGAGACCUCCCUGGCCCUGGCUUCCCGGAACUCUGUUCAGAGUGGUGACUCGGACAGUGAGGAAGAGGAGGAGUAUCGUGAACCUGCUGUCAAACUACCCAAGAUCAUUGGCAUUGGACUGUGCGGAGUGUUUGAGCUUAUAAAGGAGACGCGGUUCUCACACCCCUCACUGUGUCUGAGGAGCCUGCAGGCACUGCUGGACAUGCUACAGGGGCAACAGCCUGAGAGCUUCCAGACAGAACCACCAGAUGUGCUGGAAUCUCUGUUCCACCUGCUGCUGGAGACCACAGUACGGAGUACAGGAAUGAAUGACCCCACUGGUCAAGCACUGACCGCUCUAUCCUGUGCCUGCCUGUUCAGCUUGGUGGUGGCCUGGGGAGACACUGGAAAAAUCCUGCAGGCUGUAUCUGCUAUUCUCACGAAUAAUGGCAGCCAUGCCUGCCAGACUAUCCAGGUUCCAACAAUUCUGAAUGCUCUACAGAGGAGUGUACAAGCAGUGUUAGUAGGGAAGGUCCAGAUUCAGGACUGGUUUGGGAAUGGCAUCAAACGAGCUGCACUGAUGAACAAAUGGGUUCUAAAAGAGGUGAGCAUUGAUGAGGAUGAGCACUGCCUGCUCCAAACGGAUGGAUCCUUCCUUUACCUGCUCUGUAAGGACGGUCUCUACAAAAUCGGCUCAGGGUACAGUGGCACUGUUCGGGGCCAUGUGUAUAACUCCACAUCUCGCAUCAGGAACCGAAAGGAGAAGAGGUCGUGGUUGGGAUUUGCUCAGGGCUUUCUGUUAUAUCGGGACAUGAACAGUCACAGCAUGGCAGCCAUCAAGAUCAACCCAGAGACCCUGGAGCAGGAGGGCACUAUUACAAUGCCUGGUCUCCAAGCAGAGGGACAGAACAUAAUCUUUACAGAUGGAGAAUAUAUCAACCAGAUAGCAGCCUGCAAGGAUGAUGGCUUUGUGGUGCGAAUAUAUGCCACAAGUACAGACCCGGCCUUGCAGCAGGAGUUGCAGCUCAAGCUGGCUAGAAAGUGUCUCCACGCCUGUGGCAUCUCUCUCUUCGAUUUGGAAAAAGACCUGCAUAUCAUCAGCACAGGGUUUGAUGAAGAAGCAGCGCUGCUUGGAGCUGGUAGAGAGUUUGCUUUGAUGAAAACAGCUUCUGGGAAGAUCUACUACACUGGAAAGUACCAAAGUCUUGGCAUUAAACAGGGUGGACCAUCAGCAGGGAAAUGGGUUGAACUGCCCAUUACAAAAUCACCUAAGAUUGCACAGUUUUCAGUGGGCCAUGACGGCUCCCAUGCCCUUUUGGUGGCUGAAGAUGGCAGUGUUUUCUUCACUGGAUCUGCCAGCAAAGGAGAAGAUGGAGAGUCAACAAAGAGUCGCAGACAACCAAAGCCCUACAAGCCUAAGAAGAUAAUCAAGCUGGAGACAAAGACUGCGGUAUACACAGCCUGCAACAAUGGCAGCAGCAGCAUAGUAACUAAGGAUGGAGAACUCUACAUGUUUGGCAAGGAUGCCAUUUACAGUGACAGCACCUGUCAGGUAUCAGAUUUGAAGGGGCACUUUGUAACUCAGGUAGCCAUGGGGAAAGCCCAUACAUGUGUGCUGACUAAAAACGGAGAGGUGUGGACAUUUGGAGUAAACAACAAAGGCCAGUGUGGCCGAGACACAGGAGCCAUGAGUCAGGGAGGGAAAGCUUUUGGGGUGGAGAACAUGGCUACAGCAAUGGAUGAGGAUUUGGAAGAUGAGCUGGAUGAGAAGGAGGAAAAGUCUAUGAUGUGCCAGCCAGGCAUGCACAAGUGGAAGCUGGACCAGUGUAUGGUUUGCACUGUAUGUGGAGACUGCACUGGAUAUGGAGCUAGCUGUGUGAGCAGUGGAAGGCCAGACAGAGUGCCUGGAGGAAUUUGUGGUUGUGGUUCUGGCGAGUCGGGCUGCUCUUCAUGUGGCUGUUGCAAGGCUUGUGCUCGUGAGCUGGAUGGCCAAGAGGCCAGGCAGAGAGGGAUCUUUGAUGCUGUGAAGGAGAUGAUACCACUAGACCUGCUGUUAGCUGUGCCUGUCCCUCCCCCUCCAGGCGUUAAUAUAGAGGAACACAUCCAGAUCCGACAGGAAGAGAAGAGACAGCGCGUCAAUCGCCGCCACAGGCUAGAAGAGGGUAGAGGCCCCCUUGUAUUCCCUGGCCCCCUUUUUAUGAACCAGCGUGAGCAGGCCCUAGCCAGGCUAAGACCCAUUCAAGCCUUUAAGCUAAUGCGGGACAAACUCAAAGAUGGUAGCAGUGAGCGUGGUGACAAAGAUGCAAGUAAGAUCACUACCUAUCCUCCUGGAGCAGUGCGCUUUGACUCUGAGCUUCGUGCGGUGCAGGUCAGCUGCGGCUUCCACCACUCUGUGGUGCUAAUGGAGAAUGGGGAUGUGUACACAUUUGGCUAUGGGCAGCAUGGACAGCUUGGACAUGGCGAUGUGAAUUCUAGGGGGUCUCCGACUUUAGUGCAAGCUCUCCCGGGCCCCAGCGUGCAGGUUACCGCAGGCAGUAACCACACAGCUGUGCUCCUCAUGGAUGGACAGGUCUUCACUUUUGGGAGCUUUUCGAAAGGACAGCUUGGUCGGCCCAUUGUGGACAUGCCCUACUGGAAUGCCAAACCUUCGCCCAUGCCCAACAUCGGAGCCAGAUAUGGUCGCAAAGCCACUUGGAUUGGAGCCAGUGGUGACCAGACCUUUUUGAGGAUUGAUGAAGCACUAAUCAACUCUCAUGUCUUGGCCACCUCGGAGAUCUUUGCCAGCAAACACAUAAUUGGUUUGGUUCCUACCUCUAUAUCCGAGCCCCCUCCCUUCAGAUGCCUGCUGAUCAACAAAAUGGAUGGAAGCUGCCGGACAUUCAAUGACUCAGAGCAGGAAGAUCUACAAGGCUUUGGCCUCUGCCUAGACCCCGUAUAUGAUGUCAUCUGGCGGUUCCUGCCCAGCACCCGAGAGAUGUGGUGCUAUAAUUCUGUAAUAGCAGACGCCCGCAUGCCUACAGCCACGGAUAUCCAGUCACGUUGCAGCAUCCUGAGCCCAGAGCUGGCACUGCCCUCAGGAUCCCACGCCACCACCACACGCUCCCACGGAGCCCUUCAUGUCCUGGGUUGUCUGGAUACACUUGCAGCCAUGCAGGAGCUGAAAAUGGGUGUAGCUAGUGCCGAAGAGGAAACCCAGGCUGUGAUGAAAGUUUAUUCAAAGGAGGAUUACAGUGUGGUCAACCGCUUUGAGAGUCAUGGUGGAGGUUGGGGUUACUCUGCUCAUUCUGUAGAGGCCAUUCGCUUUUGUGCUGAUGCUGAUAUCCUACUGGGUGGUCUGGGGCUAUUUGGAGGCCGUGGAGAAUACACUGCUAAAAUUAAGCUGUUUGAGCUGGGACCAGAUGGAGGUGAUCAUGAGACAGAUGGAGAUCUAUUGGCUGAGACAGAUGUUCUGGCCUAUGAUUGUGCUGCUAGGGAAAAAUAUGCCAUGAUGUUUGACGAGCCAGUGUUGCUUCAGCUGGGCUGGUGGUAUGUUGCCUGGGGAAGGGUGUCAGGACCCAGCAGUGACUGUGGCUCACAUGGACAGGCAACUAUAACCACUGAUGAUGGUGUGGUGUUUCAGUUUAAAGGCUCCAAGAAAUCAAACAAUGGUACUGAUGUAAAUGCUGGUCAGAUACCCCAAUUAUUAUACAGGUUGCCAUCUAAUGACGGUAAUGCAUCAAAAGGAAAACUACAGACCAGUGAACCAGUUCACAUCCUGAAGCGAUCUUUUGCCAGGACUGUCUCAGUGGAGUGUUUUGAGUCUCUGCUGAGUAUCCUUCACUGGAGCUGGACCACUCUUGUGCUUGGGGUGGAGGAACUGAGAGGACUUAAAGGGUUUCAAUACACUGCCACUUUGCUGGACCUGGAGCGCCUGCGCUUUGUGGGAACCUGCUGUCUGCGACUGCUCCGUGUCUAUAUCUGUGAAAUCUACCCAAUAUCUGCCAGCACCAAAGUAGUUGUUGAGGAGUCAAGCAAGUUGGCAGAGUGUGUGGGUAAGACACGCAGCUUACUGAAGAAGAUUCUUUCAGAGGGCAUGGACAACUGCCUGACCAAGUUAGACAAUGAUCCUCAGGGCUACCUCAGCCAGCCUCUUACCUUGCUUGAAGCAGUGUUGCAGGAAUGCCACAACACCUUCACAGCCUGUUUCCACUCUUUUUACCCUACUCCUGCCCUACAGUGGGCCUGCCUCUGUGACUUGCUCAACUGCCUUGACCAGGACAUCCAAGAGGCAAACUUACGCACAUCAAGCAGUCGUCUGCUGGCUGCUGUAAUGUCUGCGCUGUGUAACACAUCGGUGAAGCUGACUUCCAUCCUGCCCAUUGCAUAUGAUGGGGAGGUGCUGCUGCGCUCACUUGUCAAACAGGUCAGCACUGAGAAUGACUCGGCUCUUGCUCACCGUUUCCCCCUGCUGGUGGCGCACAUGGAGAAACUCAGUCAUACGGAAGAAAACCUAAUGGGGAUGACAAGUUUCCGGGAGGUUCUGGAAAAAAUGCUGGUGAUAGUGGUCCUGCCGGUGAGAAAAAGUCUGAGGAAAGAGAUGGAGCUUUUCUCCCCACAUUUAGUAUCCAAUACUUGCGGACUUCUGGCCAGCAUCGUCAGCGAACUCACCGCCUCUGCACUUGGCUCUGAGGUGGACGGGCUGAACUCGCUUCACUCAGUGAAGUCCACUCCCAAUCGUUUCACAAAGACCAGCCAGGGUCGCAGCUGGAACACAGGUAACGGCUCCCCUGAUGCCAUCUGCUUUAGUGUGGACAAGCCAGGUGUGGUGCUGGUGGGCUUCUGCGUCUAUGGGGGAGGAGGCAUCCAUGAGUAUGAACUGGAGGUUCUUGCAGAUGACGCGCAGACGGAGCACCAUGGAGAUUCUGCCCAUUCUCACAGAUGGACAUCAUUGGAGCUGAUUAAAGGAACCUACAGCACUGAUGACAGCCCUAGUGACAUUGCUGAGAUUCGACUUGACAAAGCGGUGCCUCUAAAAGAAAAUGUGAAAUAUGCAGUCCGUCUGCGCAACUAUGGCAGUCGUACAGCUAAUGGAGACGGAGGGAUGACCACAGUGCAGUGUUCUGAUGGCGUGACCUUCACCUUUAGCACCUGUAGUCUUAGUAGUAAUGGCACUAACCAGACCAGAGGCCAGAUUCCCCAGGUUCUAUACUACAGAAGUGAAUAUGAUGGAGAUUUGCAGUCACAGCUGCUAAUCAAAGCCAAUGAGGAGGAUAAAAACUGUAGCCGUGCUCUCUCAGUGGUUAGUGCUGUGGUACGGGCAGCUAAGGACCUCCUGCACAGAGCCUUCGCUGUGGAUGCUGAGGACAUUCCAGAGUUGCUGAGCUCUUCCAGUCUGUUUUCCAUGCUGCUUCCCCUUAUCCUGGCAUACAUCGGCCCAGUGGCUGCAUCUGUACCAAAGGCUGCUGUGGAGGUGUUUGGUUUGGUGCAGGAGCUUCUUCCUGCUGUGUCUGCGCUGAACCAGAAGUAUGCCCCACCUGCCUUUAAUCCAAAUCAGUCUACAGAUAGCACCACUGGAAACCAACCUGAACAGGGCCUGUCUGCUUGUACAACCUCCAGUCAUUAUGCUGUCUUAGAGAGCGAUCAUCCAUACAAGCAGGCUGCUGUCACUCAAUACAAGGUAUCUUUCCCAGACUGUGUUCGCUGGAUCACCAUUGAAUUUGACCAGCAGUGUGGAACAGCCCAGCCAGAAGAUGUGCUGAGGGUUCUUAUUCCCACCCGAACUUUGCAUUUCUCCAUCCCAAAUGUCAAAGCACUUGCCCACGAGACCAUCAAUGCCUGGACCGAGCUAAAGAAGUUCUCUGGAUCCAGUGGUUGGCCCAGUAGUGUCCUUGUACUUCCAGGAAAUGAGGCCCUCUUCUCCUUGGAAACAGCAUCUGAUUAUGUGAAAGAUGAGAAAGCUUGCUUCUAUGGAUUUAAAUGUGUGGCUGUGGGGUACGAGUUUAACCCUGGCUCUGAAGAGGGCAUCAUUCAGCUUGAGAAGGAACUUGCUUAUUUGGGAAGUGUUUGUGCUGCUGCGCUUAUGAAGAAGGACCUAGCUUUACCUAUAGGAAAUGAACUGGAGGAAGAUUUGGAGAUUCUUGAGGAAGCUUCUCUUCAGGUAUGCAAAGCACAUUCAGGGAUCUUGGGGAAGGGACUGGCUCUGUCCCACUCACCCACUAUUCUGGAGGCAUUGGAGGGCAACCUGCCCCUGCACCUACAAAGCAAUGAACACUCCUUUCUGGAAGACUUCAUAACUUGCGUGCCCAAUUCAAGUGGAGGACGUCUAGCAAGGUGGCUUCAGCCCGAUUCAUAUGCAGACCCUCAGAAGACAUCACUUAUCCUCAACAAAGAUGAUAUCCGCUGUGGCUGGCCAACGACUGUUGUUGUGCAGACCAAAGACCAAUAUGGAGAUGUAGUGCAUGUGCCAAAUAUGAAGGUGGAGGUGAAGGCCGUGCCUGUGUCUCAGAAGAAAUCUAUUCAGCAGGACAACAUGAAGAAGUUGCAGCGCCUCCCAGGAAGCCCCUCUAACUCAACAUCAGGCAUGGAUCUCACUUUUGGUGGCCUGCCAGCACCAAAACUGGAAAGCACUUAUGAGCCCAUGAUCAUUAAGGAGGCUCGCUACAUUGCUAUCACCAUGAUGAAGGCAUUUGAGAAUUAUUCGUUUGAGGAGCUGCGCUUUGCCUCACCCACUCCAAAGAGGCCUAGUGAGAACAUGCUCAUCCGUGCUAACACUGAUGGCACCUACAGUGCCAACUGGACCCCUGGUGCUGUUGGGCUUUACACCAUACAUGUCACCAUAGAUGGCAUUGAAAUUGAUGCUGGUUUAGAGGUUGAAGUGAAAGACCCACCGAAAGGCAUGAUUCCUCCUGGGACACAGAUGAUUAAACCCAAAGCUGAACCACAGCCAAACAAGGUGCGCAAAUUUGUCGCCAAGGACAGCGCAGGGCUGCGUGUGCGUAGUCACCCCUCUCUGCAGAGCGAACAAAUAGGCAUAGUCCAAGUCAAUGGCACCAUCACUUUCAUUGACGAGAUCCACAAUGAUGAUGGUGUGUGGCUCAGACUGAAUGAUGAGACUGUAAAGAAGUAUGUUCCCAAUAUGAAUGGGUACACUGAAGCCUGGUGCCUCUCUUUUAACCAGCAUCUGGGCAGAAACCUCCUGGUUCCUGUUGAUGAGGCCAGGCGCCAGUCAGAUGAGUGUAUAAGCGAGACCAAUGGCCACCCUUCCCAUGAAGCCCCCAUGUGCAGUGUGGACAGGGCUGGCCUGGGUGGCGGACCAGGUCUUUAUAAGGUAGUGAAGACGGGACCCUCGGGUCACAACAUCAGAAGCUGCCCAAACCUUAGAGGUAUCCCCAUUGGGAUGUUAGUACUGGGGAACAAAGUCAAGGCGGUAGGCGAGGUGGUUAACCCAGAAGGAACAUGGGUGCAGCUGGAUAAGAACAGCGUGGUUGAGUUCUGCGAGAGCGAUGAGGGAGAGGCUUGGUCCCUAGCCAGAGACAGAGGAGGAAACCAAUACCUGCGUCAUGAUGAAGAGCCAGCUAUCCUAGAGCAUGGUGCUCAGACUCCUCCCCCCAGCCCCUUCUCAGUGCAGGCCUUUAGCAGAACUAUGGGCAGUGGGGCACAAGGCUUUGAUUAUGGCCUCUCCAACAACAAAGGUGACCGCCUGAGUGCCAUACUGAAUUCCAUUCAGUCUGGGCCUUUCCUCCCAGCUCCCUCCAUAUUUGAGCAAGCCGCCAAACCUCCCUCUUCCCUUGUCCACAGCCCUUUUGUAUUUGGACACUCCCUUUCCCAGCAGCAUCAGCCACAACCACAGCUUCUGAGUGAAAGAGGAAAUGUGACUCGGGCAAUGUCUCCAGCAAGCAAGCACCAUCAGGAAAGCCGCACAACUAAAGCUGACAGCCGCUCCAACCGCUCUGCUGAACAGGGCAAAAUCAAGACUAUUGAAAGCCUGUCUGCCAGCGAGGCUCUUAUCCUCAAAUCAGACACUGGGAAAUUGCGCUCUGACUCGCACAGUCGUUCUCAUUCACCCAACCACAACACCUUGCAGGCUCUAAAGGCUGAUGGGAAAAACCCAGGCCUUCGGUCUGAGUCUCCAAAUCCAGGGUCACGGUCUUCCUCACCGAAACAGAAGACUGUCAUCUCAGGCAGGUCAAGUCCCUCUAGCAGCAGCUCCCCACGCUCCUCCUCUCCACAUGAUAAGAACCUGCCAAUGAAAGUUUGUCCCUCUUCAAAGGCUCAUCUAGACCCUCCUCGUGAGCGAUCCAAAUCUGACUCUUAUACCCUGGACCCAGAUGUUUUGAGAAAGAAAAAAAUACCACUGACAGAGCCUCUGAGAGGCAGGUCUACUUCUCCCAAACAGAAACAACUGUUAAAGGAAGCUAAAGCAGGAAGCAGCAAUUCUGAAAACUGUUCCCCACCUCCUCAUGUUGUUCAGGAGAACCUUCACAGUGAAGUUGUUGAAGUAUGCUCUUCCAUUGCUCUGCUGUCCAACGAUGAACCCAAUGAUGAAAAUGCAGAAUUUUAUAAUGCUGACGAAGGCUCCUCCAAAGUGCAUUUCAGCAUUGGAAAGGCUCCUGUCAAAGAGGAAUUAGAAAGCCGCUCCUCACCUAAAGUCAGCCGCAAGACUUCGAGUAGGCAUGUGCGCCCCAAAAAGGACAAAUCAGGGCCACUCUUUAAGGGUGAGAAUACCCGGCAUGCUGAACCUGCCAAGCAGGCCAUGUCACCUUCUGUGGCUGAAUGUGCUCGUGCUGUUUUUGCAGCUUUCCUGUGGCAUGAGGGCAUUGUUCAUGAUGCAAUGGCAUGCUCCUCCUUCCUAAAGUUCAACCCUGAACUGACCAAAGAGCAUGCACCCAUACGCAACUCGCUCAGCUGCCAGCAAAGCCUUGAUGAGAAGGAAAGCAAGCUGAAAAACCGUCACUCACUUGAAAUCUCCUCUGCCCUCAACAUGUUUAACAUCUCACCUCAUGGCCCAGACAUCUCCAAGAUGGGCAGCAUCAAUAAGAACAAGGUUCUCUCUAUGCUUAAAGAGCCACCCUUGCCUGAGAAAUGUGAGGAUGGGAAAGGUGAGCAGGCCUCAUAUGAAGUGACCAGCCACUCCACAAUGAGGUCAAAGUCUCUCCUGCCCCUCACUCUCCAGCACCUUGUUGCUUUUUGGGAGGACAUCUCUAUGGCAACUAUCAAAGCUGCCACACAGAACAUGAUUUUCCCCAGUCCUGGUUCUAGUGCCAUACUGAAAAAGAAGGAGAGUGAGAAAGACAGCAAGAAGGCAAAGAAGGAGAAGAAAAAGAAGGAGAAAGCUGAGGUUCGCCCCAGAGGGAACCUGUUUGGGGAAAUGGCGCAGCUGGCCAUGGGAGGCCCAGAGAAAGACACAAUCUGUGAGCUUUGUGGAGAGUCUCAUCCCUACCCUGUUACCUACCACAUGAGGCAGGCCCACCCAGGAUGUGGGCGUUAUGCUGGAGGUCAGGGCUAUAACAGCAUCGGCCACUUCUGUGGGGGAUGGGCUGGGAAUUGUGGUGAUGGUGGCAUAGGAGGGAGUACCUGGUAUCUGGUUUGCGAUCGUUGCAGAGAGAAGUACCUGAGAGAGAAACAAACUGCAGCUAGAGAAAAGGUAAAGCAGUCCAGGAAGAAGCCUUUGCAGGUGAAAACACCUCGAGCACUUCCCACUAUGGAGGCGCACCAGGUGAUCCGUGCCAAUGCCCUGUUCCUGUUAUCCCUGAGCAGUGCGGCCGAGCCAAGCCUGCUAUGCCAUCACCCACCCAAACCCUUCCACACACACCUACCUAGCCUGAAGGAGGGAGUUUCUGAAGAGCUGCCAAAUAAAAUUGGCUGCUUGUAUCUGCAGACCCUGGCUCGUCAACAUACAGAGAAUUUUGGAGGCUACCAGGAUGAAAACCUGUUCCAGGAUGAGAUGCGCUACCUGAGAUCAACAUCAGUACCAGCUCCUUAUAUCUCUGUCACACCUGAUGCUUGCCCCAAUGUCUUUGAGGAACCAGAGAGUAAUAUGAAGUCCAUGCCACCUAGCCUGGAGACCAGUCCCAUCACGGACAGUGACACAGCCAAACGGACAGUGUUCCAACGCUCUUAUUCUGUGGUGGCUUCUGAGUAUGAUAAACAGCAUUCGUCUUCUCCUGCGAGAGUUAAGGCAGUGCCCAGACGAAGGGUACACAGUGGAGAUGCAGAAGUGGGUUCCUCCCUCCUGAGACACCCCUCUCCUGAGCUGUCUCGACUGAUCUCAGCGCAUGGCUCCCUAAGUAAAGGGGAAAGGAAUUUCCAGUGGCCUGUGCUGGCCUUUGUCAUUCAGCACCAUGAUUUGGAGGGUCUUGAGGUGGCCAUGAGACACGCUCUGCGCAAAUCAGCUUGCAGAGUAUUUGCUAUGGAGGCAUUUAAUUGGCUGCUCUGCAACGUGAUUCAAACCACCUCUCUCCAUGAUAUCCUCUGGCAUUUUGUGGCUUCUUUGACUCCAUCUCCAUGUGAGCCUGAGGAAGAAGAAGAGGAAGAAAACAAAGGCAGUAAAGACACAGUGGAGCAGGAGAAAGAUUUGGGUGUGUGCGAGCAUCCUCUCUCUGACAUAGUCAUUGCCGGAGAGGCAGCUCACCCUCUACCCCACACCUUCCACAGACUUCUCCAGACCAUCUCUGAUCUGAUGAUGUCACUCCCUGGUGGCAGUUCCCUUCAGCAAAUGGCCCUGAGGUGCUGGAGUCUAAAAUUCAAACAGUCAGACCAUCAGUUUCUGCACCAGAGUAAUGUGUUCCAUCACAUAAACAACAUCCUGUCCAAAUCAGAUGAUGGAGAUAGUGAAGAAAGCUUUAACAUCAGCGUGCAGUCAGGAUAUGAAGCCAUCAGUCAGGAGCUGUGUAUGGUAACCUGUUUGAAGGACUUGACCAGUGUGAUGGACAUAAAAACAUCCAGCCGGCCCGCUAUGAUUGGCAGCUUGACAGAUGGUUCUACUGAGACAUUUUGGGAGUCAGGGGAUGAGGACAAGAACAAGACAAAGAGCAUCACCCUCAGCUGUGUGAAGGGGAUCAGUGCCACUUAUGUUUCUGUGCAUGUGGACAACUCCCGUGACAUUGGAAAUAAAGUCACUUCAAUUACGUUUCUCUGUGGAAAAGCUGUGGAAGACCUCUGCAGAAUCAAACAGAUUGACUUGGACUCUAGGCACAUGGGCUGGGUGACCAGCGAGCUACCUGGUGGGGACUACCAUGUGAUCAAGAUUGAGAUGAAGGGUCCUGAGAACACACUGCGGGUGAGGCAGGUUAAAGUGCUUGGCUGGAAGGAGGGUGACACCAUCAAGAUAGCAGGGCAAAUCUCAGCUAGCGUGGCUCAGCAGAAGAACUGUGAAGCAGAAACCCUUCGUGUUUUCCGCCUCAUCACCUCACAGGUGUUUGGAAAGCUGAUUUGUGGGGAUGCCGAGCCUACUCCAGAGCAGGAGGAGAAGAACCUGCUGUCAUCUCCAGAGGGUGAAGACAAGGCACCGUCUGAUGCUGAUUUAAAAGAACACAUGGUUGGGAUCAUAUUCAGCAGGAGCAAGCUCACCAAUUUGCAGAAACAGGUAUGUGCACACAUUGUGCAGGCGAUACGCAUGGAAGCUACACGCGUGCGUGAGGAGUGGGAGCAUGCCAUCUCUAGUAAGGAGAAUGCCAACUCGCAGCCUAGUGAUGAUGAUGCCUCCUCAGAUGCAUACUGUUUUGAAUUGCUGUCAAUGGUCCUAGCCUUGAGUGGCUCCAAUGUAGGCAGACAGUACUUGGCUCAGCAACUCACCCUACUACAGGAUCUGUUCUCCCUACUUCAUACAGCCUCGCCACGUGUCCAAAGACAGGUGACCUCACUGCUCAGACGGGUCCUUCCUGAGGUGACUCCUGUGCGCUUGGCCAGUGUAAUUGGUGUGAAGGCUUUGCCACCAGCAGAUAUCAGUGACAUCAUCCACUCAACUGAGAAGGGUGACUGGAACAAGCUGGGGAUACUGGACAUGUUCCUGGGAUGCAUUGCCAAAGCCCUUACUGUACAACUCAAGGCCAAGGGCACCACCAUUGCUGGCAUAGCAGGCAUGGCAGCAGCCAAAGGUGUCACAACAGUUACACUGCCCAUGAUUUUCAACUCCAGUUACAUCAGGCGAGGGGAGAGUCACUGGUGGAUGAAGGGCUCAACACCACCUCAGAUUGCUGAGAUCAUCAUUAAGUUGGUUAAGGACAUGGCUGCUGGUCAUCUCUCAGACACCUGGUCCAGAGUAACCAAGAACGCCAUUGCUGAGACCAUUAUUGCUCUUACUAAGAUGGAGGAGGAGCACCGCUCACCAGUGCGCUGCAUUGCUACCACACGGCUCUGGCUGGCUCUUGCCUCUCUCUGUGUGCUGGAUCAAGACCAUGUGGACCGGCUAUCAUCAGGCCGUUGGAUGGGCAAAGAUGGCCAGCAAAAACAGAUGCCUAUGUGUGACAAUCACGAUGAUGGUGAAACUGCAGCUAUCAUCCUUUGUAAUGUGUGUGGAAACCUGUGCACUGACUGUGACCGUUUCCUUCAUCUGCACCGCCGUACUCGCUCCCACCAGAGACAGGUGUUUAAGGAAGAAGAGGAAGCCAUUAAGGUUGAUCUCCAUGAAGGCUGUGGAAGAACCAAACUCUUCUGGCUUAUGGCACUGGCUGACUCAAAGACCAUGAAGGCCAUGGUGGAGUUCAGAGAGCACACAGGUAAACCUGCUUCAAGCAGUUCAGAUGCUUGUCGUUUCUGUGGCACCAGAAACGGCACAGAGUUGUCUGCAGUUGGGAGUGUGUGCUCAGACCCAGACUGUCAGGAGUAUGCAAAGCUGGCCUGCAGUAAGACUCACGCAUGUGGUCACCCUUGUGGCGGGGUAAAGAACGAGGAGCUGUGUUUGCCCUGCUUGCACGGCUGUGACAAGAACACUGGCUGUCUGAAACAGGACGCUGAUGACAUGUGCAUGAUCUGUUUCACUGAGGCUCUGUCUGCUGCCCCUGCCAUCCAGCUGGACUGUAGUCAUGUGUUUCAUCUUCAAUGCACACGCAGAGUUCUUGAAAACCGUUGGCUAGGGCCUAGGAUAACAUUUGGCUUCAUGUCCUGUCCUAUUUGUAAGAACAAAAUUAACCACUCUGUGAUCAAAGAUCUACUGGAUCCCAUUAAAGAGCUCUAUGAAGAUGUGAGGAGAAAAGCUUUAAUGAGACUGGAAUAUGAAGGGCUUCACAAGAGUGAGGCCAUAACCAUGAGUGGGGCUCGCUUUUACAAUGACCCUGCUGGAUUCGCUAUGAAUAGAUACGCUUACUAUGUUUGCUACAAAUGCAAAAAGGCUUAUUUUGGGGGAGAGGCACGAUGUGAUGCAGAAGCAGGACAGGGAGAUGACUAUGACCCCAGUGAGCUUAUCUGUGGCGCAUGCUCAGAUGUGUCCAGGGCACAGAUGUGCUCAAAACAUGGAACAGACUUUCUUGAAUACAAAUGCCGUUACUGUUGUUCUGUCGCUGUGUUUUUUUGCUUUGGGACCACACACUUCUGCAAUGCCUGUCAUGAUGACUUCCAGAGAAUGACCAGUAUCCCCAAAGAAGAGCUGCCUCAUUGCCCUGCAGGCCCUAAGGGUAAACAGCUGGAGGGGAGUGAGUGUCCCCUGCAUGUUGUGCAUCCUCCCACUGGAGAGGAGUUUGCUCUGGGCUGUGGUGUGUGCAGAAAUGCUCAUACCUUCUAAACUAACGGGGCUCGUUGUACGUUACUGUCCGAGUCCCUGUUUUACCUGCAACUGCAGACUUCUGCUUCAGCCAGUCUGAGAGGAAUGUCUGGAUGUCUGGCUUAAUGAAGCAGUAAUGCAGCACUGUGCUUCGGGAUUCUGUCUCUCUCUCUCAACAGACCCUGAAGAACCCAGGAAAUAGUAAAACAAAAAAAAUAAAAAUAAAACUUGUGACGUGUCUGCAUGCAGCCGUUGUAACCCUCGGCUCUCUUAAACUUUGCUCACCACCCGAUCACUGAAGUGUACCAAUAUGGAAACUGACUCUUUUCCUAAUCCUGUACAGUAUUCUCUGUUGAGUGCAUCAUGGCUUAGCAGAAAAGACUUCAGUUCAGAUCAUAUAUAUGGACUGUUAAGAAUGUUAUGAUGGCAGGAAAAUAGUGUACGAUUUAUCUAAUCUUGUAUAUAAUGAUAAUAUCCAAAAUAGGUGUAUUCAGAUGUUGCUACUCUACACUUCAGUUUUGUUUGAUAUUCUGGGUUUUGUUUUGAGCCAGAACUUUUAAUGAAGUGCAAUACUGGGUGUGCCUCCUAUCUUGCAGCUGUAAACAUGGAAUGUAUGUCAAUAAAGCAACUGUACAUUUUUAUACAGUGACACGCUGCUGUGUUUUCACCUGGCAAAUUAUAGCAUCAUUCUUGUGCUCAGAAAAUUUGAUGGGCCUACAUCUGUCACGUGUGAGGGGUUAACAGGAACCCUUUCAACUCUUCAGUGAUAUAAUGUGGUACAAAACCAUUUUCUGUCUUUUUAAAACCAUAAAAGGUGAGUAUGUUCUAUUAUUGUAUUGUAAAAAAAAAUAGAACACAAAUCUUUGGGAUGGGGCCAGUCUACACACCUAAAAAGAAUAUUAGACAUUGUGAAUUUGUUUGGAAGUGUGAAUGUGUGGAAGUGUGAAAAACAGCUGCUGUAAAAGAGAAAAUAAUGCUACCUGUAAAUUUGCUCUGUAUUGUCUGUGGUGGAUAGAGUUGGGUGGUAAUAAACCAGAUCCUCUGUUCUGCAAGGUACAUUACAAA